UAAACAACUUUGUGUACAUCCAGGUACAUUUUCGUAUUUUUAUAAGGUUAUUCAAAUGCUUGCAUUUUGGAUGGGGCUGCCCAGUUUUAGCGACGUUUCUUGAAGUCUCUUCAGUGAACUGCAUCUCAUCAGUGAAGAGGAGUGGCAGCAUCAGGACCACCAUCCCUGUCUCACCAUGAUCACAUGCUCUUUGCGUGUGUGUGUGUGCUCUUUUAUCGUCAAGUGCCAGAGUGAUUUAUGUCACCUGUCGGACCAAGAGUGAAAACACAUCCGAACGGGACAAUAAAGGAAUGGCCUCGGAACGGAACGGAACCAAUUCAACCAGAAAUCUGAGCAACCAGUUCGUGCAGCCGCCGUGGCGGGUCGCCCUGUGGUCGGUGGCUUACAGCUCGGUGCUGGUGGUGGCCGUGCUCGGGAACUUGAUUGUGAUAUGGAUAAUUCUGGCUCAAAGGCGGAUGAGGACGGUGACCCAUUACUUCAUGCUGAACCUGGCUUUCUCCGAUGUCUCCAUGGCUGCGUUCAACACGCUUAUCAACUUCAUCUACGCGGCUCAUGGAGAGUGGUACUUUGGAGGAGUCUACUGCAGGUUCCACAACUUCUUCCCGGUCACAGCCGUGUUCGCCAGUAUCUACUCCAUGACUGCCAUUUCCAUCGACAGGUACAUGGCCAUAAUUCAUCCUCUGAAACCCCGUCUGUCGGCAAAGGCCACCCUGAGCGUCAUUGUCUGUAUCUGGAGUUUGGCUGUGGUUCUUGCCUUCCCUCUCUGCUACUUCUCAACCACCAGGGCUCUACCUCUCCGAACCAUCUGUUACGUGGCGUGGCCUCGUAUGGCCGACGACCCCUUCAUGUACCACGUCAUAGUGACAGCUCUGGUCUAUGUGCUGCCUUUACUGGUGAUGAGCAUCACUUACACCAUCGUGGGAGUGACUCUGUGGGGAGGCCAGAUCCCUGGAGACUCGGCUAAUAAUUAUCACGGACAGCUCCGAGCCAAGCGCAAGGUGGUGAAGAUGAUGAUCAUUGUUGUGGUGACCUUUGCCCUGUGCUGGUUGCCCUAUCACAUUUACUUCAUUCUGACUGGUGUCAGCAAGCCUUUAAACAAGUGGAAGUACAUCCAACAGGUUUACCUGUCAGUGCUUUGGCUGGCGAUGAGCUCCACCAUGUACAACCCCAUCAUCUACUGCUGCCUGAACAGCAGGUUUCGCGCUGGUUUCAAGCACGUGUUUCGCUGGUGUCCUUUCAUCCACAUGUCCACAUACGAGGAAUUGGAGCUGCAGAACACGAGACUGAGACCAGGUUGUCAAAACAGCAUGUGCACCCUGUCUCAAGCCAACACCAGCAUCCUGAGAACAAAACCAGAGCAACAGGUCAAGACUGAACUGUGAGCCCAUCAACAGGGACAGGAACUCGCGUCAAGUGUCUCGUGACUCGAGCUGCAGAUGGUGGAAGAAACAGUCCCAGGUGCCACCAGGUGAAUGCAGAUGUUUAAUGUAUGUUCGGGUAUUGGUUAAAUCUUUAACACAUGAAAAAAGUCUGAACGUAUUUGCAUUUGAAGUCUUAAAGGUUAAAAAGAUAAAAAUCCAAACAUCAGUACAUUUCUGUACAAACAUACAAACACAAAAGGUGGGCGUAUGUAUUCUUUUUAUUCUUAAGAUAAAUUUAAGAGUUGUGAACUGUGAUAAUAAGCUAAGGGAUAGCAUGCAUAAAAUCAACAAUUUGUUUCCUACACAUUGUUGUAAACUUAAUGUAAACAUGUAAGACACGAAAAUGUGAAAAAUCCUAAAAACAAAAUCUUUAUGUUUUCAACUAUCAACAAAAAA